GAGGUAUACAGAAGUCACUUUAUAAUUUUAAUAUAUAACAUUCAGUCGCUUUACUUUAAGAAAGUCGAUACGCUGAUCAUAGAAAAUUCACUCAAUCAAUCGUUGCCUCAAUUAUGGCCCUCCCAAUAGACACAGUCCGGUCACUCAUGCAGGCAGCAGACGCUGUGUGCUUUGAUGUGGAUAGCACAGUAGUACAGCAUGAGGGAAUAGAUGAAUUGGCAGCUGUAUGUGGUGUAGGCGAGGCAGUUGCUGCGUGGACGAAGAAGGCUAUGGAAGGGAAUACUCUAUUUCAGGACUCGCUGAAAGCUAGACUAUUUUUGAUUCAACCAUCGAAGAAGGAUAUUGCAAAGUGCUUGGAACCCGGGCUAGGUUUAACGACUGGUGUAAAAGAACUUAUUCAGAAAAUGAAAGAUAGUGGUAAGGAUGUAUAUCUGGUGUCUGGUGGAUUCAGGCAAAUGAUCUACCCCGUUGGCGCAGAGGUGGGCAUACCUGAGGAUCACGUGUAUGCCAAUAACAUUCUAUUCGAUGAUAAAGGCGACUACGCCGGGUUUGAUGACACUGAGCCUACAUCCCGCACUGGCGGAAAGCCCAAGGUCAUCCAGGAACUAAUUGCAAAAGGUCAUAAAAAAUGUGGUUAUGAUCGGUGACGGCGCUACAGAUAUGGAAGCAAGACCUCCCGCGUCUCUCUUUAUUGGCUUCGGUGAGCACAAUCAACGAGCCAAAGUAGAGGCUGGCGCUGACUUCUUUGCCAUGAGCAUGAAGGAUAUAAGUAAUUUACUCUAGUUCAAAUGUAUUAACCAUAGCUUGAAUCAUUCUGCGUGCAAGAUAUGUAUUUGCUGGAAUCUUGACUGUGGGAUGCACAUACUGCACGAAAUCAGUAGUAACAAACAUGGAAUCAGCGCAUCCCGUAUAGUAGUCUGCCGAUGUUAACAUGUGGUGUCGGUGGCGCCUUUAAAUCUAGAAAUGAAUAGAGUAAUUAGAAAAGAAUGGUGGGUAGUAGCGAAUAAACUGCUGCAUACACAUGACCGGUCGGCUUCCAGUGCACAAAAGUUGCUUACAUCGUCUUCCGGAAUAUAUGCACAAAUCAU